UACGUCAGCUAAUCAGAAAUCUGCGAAUGAUAUACUAGACAGAAUACUGAAUGACACAUUUGGCGCCAUCAUGCCCGAAAAACAACUCUGUUAAAGUUGGUCACGUGAUAUUCAUGCGAGAUCUCAAAAUUUACGAGUGUUUUGGUUGAGAGAAAUGGGUUGAUAUUCUUACAGCUUACUAAACGGUUAAUUACCGUCUGUCGUUUACGCUUGACAUUUUAGCUGUACUCGUAUGUCGUUCGACAGCCACUUUGGGAUUCUUGUUUUCACAAAUUGAAUAUUAAUGGAGCAAGAGCAUCGGACCAAAGUUGAACAGGCAUGCAGGACUGCUGAAGAAUUCAUAAAACAUUAUUAUGAAGGUUUAGACAGGCGUCGAAAUGUUAUGUCAAGAUUAUAUUUAGAUACAGCAACUUUACUUUGGAAUGGAAAUGGUAUUGCUGGCAAAGAAUUUAUACAGAAGUUCUUCGAAAAUCUUCCAUCAACGGAUCACGUUGUGUCUUCUAUAGAUUCCCAACCAUUAACUACAGGUACCACCUGCCACUUUCCUUUGACAAUUGUGGUGUCAGUUUCUGGCUUCAUUGCAUUUUGUCAGGAACAACCUCAAGCAUUCCAGCAACAAUUAUUAAUUACUGCUGAAGGUGAUAAGUGGAAAAUUGUGUCGGAUUGUUUUAGAUUUCAAGAGCCGUGAUGUUUUCAUAUCACAGAAUUGUAUAUACUGAUCCUGAGUGAAUGUGAUAUUGUAUUUAAUAAUUUGAUCUGUAAUUUAAUGUGUAACAGUUAAAAUGUCCAUGCACCUUUUUUAAAUUGAAAUCACAUGACAUUUAAGGUGUAUGAAAUAGGUAUUAUAAAAUAAAAUUACCACAAUUCUCAGUCUGGAAAAAAGAAAACCCAUUAUGAGGUCUAUUUGUAACCGAUAUGGAUUAUUUCCUUUCCUUAUUAAACUAGAAAUGCUGCCCUACUGUACUGUAGGAGAUGAUUUUGAUAUAUCUUAUUUCUUGUUCACACAUUUAAGGUUUAAGGGCACUCCAACAAUUGAGGUCAUUAGCGCCGUGUCAAAUUAUUUUAAGAGCAGUACGCUCUGUGGCAGUGCCAAACAAAAACCUUUUUUAAUGCAUAGUAAAAUGUGAGUAAAACUGAAAAUGAAGGUGUUCAAUGUUUAAAAGGGUUUUGCAAAAAAGAGCUAUUAAAAUCUCCAACUAAAUGCCAAAUAAUUGGCAUAAUGCUGUAAAUGUCACUCGUGAAAAGCUUGCAGAGAGAAGAUACACGUCCAAGUACUUCUGCUAGAGCUAACGAGGUGAUGCCUUCGGAGGCUAUCUCUUACCUUAGAUCAGUGCAAGAGAGCAUGCUCCACAAGAUCCGUCUCGUAACUAUUGCAAGUAGAGGGUGGGACACCAAGAUGUCCGGGGAGAAAUUCCAGUGACCGAUCCGAAGACGUGUCAGAGUAGUCACCUAGAGUCUCGAGAAGAGGAAGACCUAGGUCUGAUGGAAUCCUUGAUUCUAGUGAGUUUAAAAACAGAAUUCUGCUUCUGCCAUGCAUUGAGAACAACGUUUGAUAAACAGCUUGGUAUCAUUUGUGGGGACUGUGAGGAUGACUUCAGUUUUCUUCGUGGAGAGUUUUGCUGCCUGGACAGCACUGUCAUUUCCUAUUAUCCCAAUGUGGCCAGGGAUCCAACAAAAAAUAUUACGACGCACCAAUAAAUUAUGAAUUUGGUGUUGAAUCUUCGUCAGGGGGUCGCAAGAAGAGAAGCAGGAAAUGGUGGAUUCUAGCGAGCUUUUUGAAGCACUGCAGCUCACUUCAGGCCAGGGAAGUUGACUCCCGAGAGAAAGGUCAGGAUGGUUAUGGAGAUGAAUCCUGCAGCAGUGCAUGGAGUUUGUUUUUUAGGUGGAGAACUUUAAUCUUUUUCCAUCACUCCAUUCCUGCAAUUUGUUGAGGCAAAGUUGUAACUGCCUCUCAAUCACUUGCCUGUUCUUGAAGGAGCAAAAAAAUGCUGUCGUCAACGAAGAGCGAUGCUUUCACUGACACGGAUUAUCGAUGAUAGACUAUUAUCUUUUCUAACUGAUGACUGGGAGACACUCUGUCACCAAGACUGACACGGAAGUAUCUUGACGAUAUGCUACCGGGCAAGGAAAGGGGCAGCCGGCCCCUAGGAGCCCAAGAAUGUAAGGUGCGAAGAAUGCCAUACCUCCUAGUGGUGUCCUAUGCUUUCUCUACAUCGAAGAAAAUUGCUACCAGGUGUUGAAGUAGCACGAAAGAAGUGGAGAUCGUGUGACAAGGUGAUCCAUUGGUGACGGUCUUCCUAAAGCCACACUGGAUGCAAGUAUGUUUCUGGUGCAGGCGUAUGUUCACCAUCUGCUCAAAAAGCUUGUGAGCGGUAGGUUUUACGGGUUUGUCCUGUCCUUUCCUUUGGAAACUGGAAUGGUAAUUUCUUCGUGUUAUGUCCUAGGAAAGGUAUGCUCCAUCCAAAUCUUGUUGACGAUACGAAGGAGGGAAAGACGUGCCUUUCCCAGUAGAUGUUGCAGCGUUUGGUUAUGUAUCUGGUCUCGUCCCGAAGCAGAAUCUUUUCCAAGGGCGAAGGCAAAGGAAAAUUCAUCCAUGGAGAAAGGAACGUUAUCUUCCUUCACACGACUUGAAAAGUCCAAUCGUCCAUUCUCUUCGUUUCAAGAAGAUAGGGGAGUAGUGUAAGGAACUGCAGGAUUUCUCGUAAUGACAGGCAAAUUCUUCAACUAAGUCUUCUGGAGAUGUGAGAUUUGCAUUAAUCAAGAGUCCUGGGGAAAGUCUUCAUCCGAUCUGUCGUACAUAUCGUCAUACUAGUAAGGGGGUAUGGCGAAAAUAAAAUGCCUUACGAUAUAUACCAUAUCGGGGGUAAUAACAUUUGAAAUUAUUUCCAGAAUUUUGUUAAAU